GCUGCUCCACAGAGAGACGUACGAUCAUUUGCAGACGCAGCGCAACAGCAUAGCCAUGGCCGCCGCCACCUCCACCGUCUCCGGCCUCGCCGGCGCCGCCCUCGCCCGCCGGCCAGCCUUCUCUACCAGCUUCACGAAUGGAGGCCGGGUGUCGGCCAGGAACCCGCUGAUGACGAGGAACCUGGAGAGGAACGGCAGGAUCACCUGCAUGACGUUCCCCCGGGACUGGCUGCGGAGGGACCUGAACGUGAUCGGGUUCGGGCUCAUCGGGUGGCUGGCGCCGUCGAGCAUCCCGCUGAUCAACGGCAACAGCCUGACGGGGCUCUUCUUCUCCAGCAUCGGCGAGGAGCUCGCACACUUCCCCUCGCCCCCGGCGCUGCAAUCGCAGUUCUGGCUGUGGCUGGUGACGUGGCACCUGGGUCUGUUCAUCGCGCUCACCUUCGGCCAGAUCGGCUUCAAGGGCAGGACCGAGGACUACUUCCAGAAGUAGUGGAUUAUUGAACAGCUUAACUAGCUUUGGGUUCAUGCAUGUGCCUUUGUGCUUCCUUUGUGCGCGUGCGUGUUCAAUGUAAAAUCUCUCCCAUGUAAGAUGUGCCUUCGGUUUCGUUCU